AUGGCCUCCUACUUCUCAUCGAUCACUUCCUCCUCUGCCAUCUCCAAUCUUGGCACGCGCCUGAACUCCCUCCGCCGCGCCAUCACCUCCGGCGACGAAGCCGACGACCCGGACAACGAAGACUGCUCUCACAUCUCCAAUGUGCUACGCGCCUACUACGCCGAAAAGGGCCGUCCCUACCCCGCAUGGCUGCCGCCCGAUCCUAAAGCCCCGAGCCCCGCCCCGUCACGCACCAUCGCGACCACCCAGAUCCAACCCGGCACCUACGGCCAAGGCCCUGCCAUGGCAACCUCGGCACAGGGCCGCGGCGGCGGCCUCAGCGAUCUCUGGGGCGACUCGGGAGCAGCACAGCCGCCCGCACCACAAACCGCCAGUCUGCGACGCGGACGCCUGACACCGGGGAGCGCGGGCGCUCCGCUGUCGAUGGUGCACAGCGCACCCGGCGGCUCGAUGGCCACGCCGCCGUCGGCAUCGCCUACACCUCCGAUGGGACAGCCGUCCGGGGCGCGGCCGCUACCUAGCCAGCGUGCGGGAUCGUACCAGUCUAUGUCGGGCCAGGUGUCGUUGGAGCGGGCUGCGUCAGCGCAGGAGAGGCUUCGGGCGCGUUUGCAUGGAGGACGGUCGCCGAGUCCUGCUCAGAGUACGCCGGGUAGUAGUCGGCCGGGGUCGCCGUACUAUGCGGGUGCGCCGGAUCCGAUUGCGCGGAAACCAGUUGGUGGGAUGCCUCCGGGAAGGAGAUAG